CCGAGGGGUGUUCGGGGCGCCAGGGGUGUCCGAGGUGACGCUGCCGCCUCAGACGGGCCUUGUCUCGGCCGACGGCGACAGUCAGCACAGCUGCGGGCGCCGCGCGGACCGGGCGGCGGCGGUACACAGGGGCCGGCACCGCGCAGAGGAUAGCGUCGGCUUGACGCACUACGGGGUCGGCAAGAGGUCAGCUGAUCAUCAGAAGGCGAGUCACACGGCAGUCACCCAGCGACGGCUAGGUAUGGCCGGCGGCCGGUGGCAGCGGUCGCAUUAAAGGUUGUCGGCGAUGGCGGUGUCUCGCGACUUGCUCUCAAUACCGCUCCGGCUGUACAUCUACGGCCUGCACGGCUUCUUCACCGAGGUCAUCUUCACGGCCAUCUGGGACUUUGUCCUGAAGCAGGACUUCAGAUUACACGGCUGUACCAGCGUCUGGUCCCUUUUCAUCUACGCCGUAGGAGUGUUCGUCAACGAACGCCUGUUUCUGCGCAUGCGCGGCUCUGUGCCGCUGCUGGCACGUGGAGCGGUGUACGUGACCUGGACGUACACGUGGGAAUACAGCACGGGCCGUGUGCUGGACUUCUUCGGCGCCCGGCCGUGGGACUACACCGAGCUGCAGUACAACAUCCACGGCCUGAUCGCGCUGGAGUUCGCGCCACUUUGGUAUGUCGCCUGCCUGGUCAGCGAGCAGAUGCUCAUUCGCCAGAUUCUGACCUUGACCUGGGACCCGACCGGCAUCGGCCGGCUCAAGGAUAAGCCACCCAAGGUCAAGGCCGCGCCGGCCCAGAACGGCGCUCGCGAGGAGAAAAACGGCGUAAGGCGCAACAGAGGCAAGAGCGCUAACGGUCGAGUGGCGUCAAAGGCGGUCAAGAAGAGGAAUGGACAGGGAAUGACGCUGAAGCAGACCAGUGCCAAAUGUCAUUGAUGAAAUGGUGACGUGGGUCUAACGAGUUAGUUCAUCGGUUGCCUUACUGCUUGUGACAGGUGCGAAAAGCAUGCGGCUAUUAUUACAAGUGAUGUUCUUGUACGUCUGGAGAGAGCGUGAACCAAAAGCGGGUGAUAUCGUGCAAUCGAGCUGGCGCCCGAACAGUCAAAAAGGUAAUUUCUCAAGACUCUCGCUUCACCCAUGCCAGAAUGGAAUGCCACAGGUCUUCCCGGCUUCCCAGGAGCGAUGAAAAUGCAAUAAAUUUUUGCUUAAAAAUAGGUUAACGGCUCACAUGAACGUACGCUGAACAGAUCACGAUAUUCGAAAUAGCGUGUAUAAACUUUGAAGAUCUCAUCUCUUCAAAUUUGGAACAUUUUCGCCCAUAUAUGGCAUCGAACUGAAAGAUGACCUUUCAACUGUUUAGGUGGGGUUACAGCAUACGCAAUGUCCGAAAACUAGUUGACUGAUGUCAGCUGUCCUUCAAACUACAGAUUGAAACUGCUAAUAUACAUGACGUUGCCAAGCGGCUUAAAUUGCCGGAAGCGUUUUUGCGUCUGAGAAUACGGUCACAUUUCUUUUCUCGCAUUUGAGGGAGACAUCAGUGCUUCACCUCUCCGCGAAUACCGUAUUGUUAUGGGCAUUCCUGUCACUUGACAACGUAACUACGUUCUAAGGUGACGCCCGGCUAACACAAACCAUUAUGUAGAUUGCUGUACGCUAGUCGUGAAUGUCUAGUGUUGUUUUAAGUUACUCUCCAUUACAUGCGCCGUUGACAAAAACGAACAGUAGAAAUGUCUCCAAAGGUGUACCUUGCGCUCAUCGGUUCUGAGUUUGUAAACUGCAGAGCACACAUCAAAUUUAUAAGCAACUACGGCCACAUAUUUAUUAACGGUGGCAGGUACGAACCAUUGCCAAUAACUGAUGCUCUUUACUGCGAAUUUAAAUGAAAUUUUGCCACGACCUUGAAAGCCACCGGUUGGCCAUUUGGACGCGCAUAAGAAACGAGACGCCAGCUCUUUCGCCUGAAUGACGUAUCGAUGGCCGUUUAACGGAGCAGAUAGUUAUGCCAUUGUCGGCGCUACUCACCCAUUCUUAGGUCGUUAGUGGGAGGAUGUUCCAUAUAUCAAGCCAACAACAGCCAAUGAGUUUCUAGUCAAAAGCCGUUCAUCAGAUCCAACAAUGGAGGUCCAGCGGCACUUUAUGUUAAACGGUUGUAAAUAUUAGAGGUUUAGAAUCAACUGGUCGGUUCUAGUAAAAUGGUCCACGUCCGGUUUGUACCGUAGAAGUUUGUAGACGGAUAGCAACGGCAGGCCGGCACCUGCAUCUUGCAAAAAGCUGGACAAUAAACUAAAAGAACUGGCGUACAUAUUGCGUUUCAUCGCACACAUAACACACGCCCAGGUACUAGUACAAAGGUCGGCCGAUAUCGCAGAAAUUGAUGGUCAGAAUUACACGGGACUGGUUGUGUCAUGCUUGGUUAGGUAGCUAGAAAAUGGCACCAUGUUUUUUUUAACAGCAUGUAGGCACGUACCUCUAUACAUUGCUUCUCUGCGUCUUCAUCUUACACGACGUAGCUCACGAUGAUUGACCACGGGCAACCUACGAGAGUUGUUGUUUAGACCAUAGGCGACACAGAGCCAUGACUGUAUAGCCGAUACAGCUCUGUAGGCUCAAGGUUACCGCUCUCUGUACAAUGGUAGCAAACUUGCUGCUGGUAAGCGAUGGUAAGCGAUGUCGUCGUGCCUCAGCAGUGUCGUGUAUACUCCGAAAGCUGGCACACUUUCAUAUUUUACACUGUGGGUAGCUCAAUUUAUCCAAUAUUAAUUUGUGUACUCAAUUGAUGUUACGCUAUGGGUCAGAGUUAACUAGGAUGUAUACGUUUGCUACCUCCCCGCACGGUAAAAUCUUCCUAGUUAAUUAUCACGCAGUGAUGUCGGUGUGACUGUUUCCCAGAUAUAUACACUUCACGUAGUUGCCUGAGCAAAUUUAUGCGUUAGAGCGUUUAUUGGUCGAUCGGCAGAGCUGUAGCGACGUUCAAUGGCGCGUCUUCAGUGACAUGGUUACCAGCACGUGGCCGGCACAGACAUCACACUGCAUAAAUCAAACGGCUGGCAAAAGAUAGUGGUCAGAACUAGCACAAGCCAGCAUAUGUAACUAGUGCGUUUCUCAGUGCAGCGGCCAGUUGUAUACCCUCCUAUGCCAGCUCGAAUGCCCUGCGCUACCGAUAUAGCCUUGGCACAGGGUAUUCAAGAUGGAUGAGUUUUAAUCCAGCAUAACUGCUUGAUGAAGCGGUCUUGCCGUCAACGACCGAUGCAUGGGCUGGAAUUCGAUCGAGGCCUGGCAGCCUUCACGUCUUCCCCAGCCUUCCUGCAACGCUGCGCACCUGUGACGGCAGGGAGGGGACGCGAACGUGAACGGCGGCCCUCGCCCCCCUCCCCCCCCCCCUGGCUGCAGGCUGGGGCUGAGUCCCAGCCGGCCUGGGCCCCGCGCUUGCUUGCUGCCUCACGGUUGUUGAAUAUAAAAUCAGAUAGGAUGUGGAUGCACGGCGUGGUGCGUCAGCAAGAAGUCAGCCUGCAAAGUUCAUCCCUUCCCCGGGCCUACAAGCACGUACGCAUCUUAAAUGCAGCUCGCCACGCAACACGCAUUUCCAGUCUGACCGAAAUCUCGGCGCAAUCCUGUUCGUCAGCCCGCCACGCCAAACUGAGAUCGGCGGCAGCAGCAGUCAGUCAGUCACCACUCAUGCCUACUGUCCGCACAAGCCACUGGAAGGUGGCUGGAGACGCUCAGGCUGCUAUCGAUAUGUGUCUAUCGUUUAGUGACUGUAUGUUGCGGACGCAGGUUUCAAGUGACUUACGUAACUGUAGACGUGUAUAGGCGCAAGACAUGAUGAGUGUAGCUGAUGUACCACAGCAUCAUAAGCCUAGGCGGGAUGCACGUCGCUUUGUAUAGUCCACUAGAAGUCACGUACUGAGGGCGAAAUUUACAGCACGAAGUAGCGAGAACAGCAAGCCAACUGAUCUUAACAUUUGCAUUCUCAUGUUGGCGUAGUGCAUAGUUGGUGCUGCGGUGUCUAUUUCGAGAUGAUGUAUCAUUCAUGGUCAGACUACACUCAACUUUGUGCUCAGACUUCUGGACUACAGGUGACUGGAAUGAGCGUGCAUGGUUUUGUGGGCCAAAGGCACUAAUAUACU